UUCGUGUGCAUAAAACAAAGACAUGGAUUUUUUUUGAAACACAAACAAAUGGCGAGCACUCUGCUGUCCGUACACCGCUUUCUUCCCUCCCAAAAGAGGGAAAAUAUCGGUUACAUGAGUGCUUUCAGAGCUUCAUUUCGUGGCCAAGCUCUGUGCAAUUCAAGUUUCUGUGGGAGACAAAUAGCUAGAAGCCAUGGAAAACGUUUUGUUGUUCACUCACUGUUUGGAAGGAAGGUGAGGUCCGUGAAGAAAAGAGAGACAGUGAUUCCCGAACCAGAUUACAGGAUUUCAAUUGUGCUACUCGGUAUUGCUGGUGGGUUGAUUUACACAGAUAAUCUAGUACCUGCAGUACCUGUUGGUCUCCUUGGAUUGCUUCUGUUGUUCCAGACUACCAGAGUGAGAUUUGUCUUUGAAGAUGAUGCCCUGGAGGUAAGGAUAGGUGAACAGCUCCAGGAAUCAGGUGAGAAUGUUUUUGUUGGAGGAGAAAACCGCUGGAAGUACUCAACAUUUGUUAAUUGGGAAUUCUGGUGGCCGAACUUCCCUAUCUUGGUUUACUUCAAGGAGACGCAAACAAAGCCCGAAGGACAAAUCCAUUUCUUUCCCAUUAUCUUUAAUGGUAAGGAGCUUUAUGAGGUUAUGGUGGAAAGAGCUGGCCCUUCAAAAACUAGUGGACCAAAGGAAUCCUAAGGAUUGAGCUAUGUUCUUAGAGCCCCAGUGGGGUGUCUCGGACACCAUUAAAAUCGAGGGAGCCCUGGAAAAGAGACAUUUUAUGUUGAGAUUGCUAUUUGUUUGUGGUAGUGUGCUGAGAUGAGGAAACACUGUUCUCGCUGUUUCAAGUAGCAGGAAAGCUUUAUUUAAACAAGUAAUUCAGAUGUAGUUUCCUCUGCAACAAAAAAAAAUAUAAUUCAAUUAUUUUGAA